CGCAUCUUAUUUGUGCUUUUCUCAGUUUCUUAAAUAAAUGUUAGUUUACUAGCAGAUUAUUUAAAAUUAUACCAUCGUAAUUAACUUAAUAAUAUCACUUCUGAUAGAGCUGUAUUAAUGAAAAGAUAAUUAAAACAACUCAAGUGAUUCUAAAGAUAUUUACAUACAUCUUGUUUCUACUCCCCAUCUUGACUACCGUUGACAAGAUCUUUAUUUCGAAAUGGAUAGUUUUAUUUUGAAUGUGUCUUAACAAAUUACAAAUCUAUUUUUUGUUAUUGUUUACUGAUGGCUUUUAUAUUGGUCAGUUUAUUUAGAAAUGAUUUGUUCAAAUAAACAACUUGUCUUGGCUUUUUUAAUCUAUUAAUAAUAAGUAGAACGGAUGGUAUUCAUGGUGGUAUCGUUUGAUUGGUUCAUCAAGUGAUGUUUUUCUUGCUCUUUAAUCGUUGGAUCGACUAAAAUUAUCGACUGUGAAUUUAUCAUUUGAAUCUGAUAUCAUAUGUAAGAUGGGUGAUAAACAUGAUCUUGCUAAUCCAUCAACUUCAUCAACCUCCGCAACAUCAGCCGCAACGAAUGUACCUGUUGGUGAAAUUAACCAUAUCACUUGUUUAGCUGAUAACUUAGGCCAUCUUUACAUGAAUGAUGAAUACUCAGAUAUUGUCCUUGUUGUUGCUGGUGAAAAAAUUCCGGCUCAUAAAGUUAUACUUGCCUCCAGAAGUGAUUAUUUUCGAGCUAUGUUGUUUGGUGGAAUGAAAGAAAGCCAGGAGAAAGUGAUUGAACUCAAAUCAACCUCAUUAACCGCUUUCAAGCACCUUUUAAAAUAUAUUUACAGUGGUCGUAUGUCAUUAACAUAUUUUCGUGAAGAUGGAUUAUUAGAGCUGUUAGGUUUAGCCCAUAAAUAUGGUUUUAUUCAACUCCAAGAUUCGAUUGCAAAAUUCAUGGAAGCUGUUUUAAAUGUUAAGAAUGCUUGUCUGUUUUAUGAGGCUUCUGUUCUUUAUGGUCUCUCAUCACUUGCUGAAGUUUGCUCCAGUUUUAUCGACCAACAUGCUCUCACUAUCAUUCAAAAUGAAACUUUUUUAACUUUAACUCCAACCACAGUUAAAGCAAUCCUAAGCAGAGACUCAUUCUGCGCCGAUGAAAUUAUUAUUUUCAAAGCUGUGAAAUCUUGGUUUGAGGCUAAUCCAGAUGCACCUAUAAAUGAUAUUAUUUCGUGUAUUAGACUGCCUCUUAUCAAAUUGAACGAUUUAUUAACCAUUGUUAGACCCAGUAGCCUUGUUUCAGCUGAUGCUAUUUUAGAUGCCAUACAACAAUACCAGUUAUCUCGUAAUACCGAUUUAAGAUAUCGAGGUCUCCUCAGGCCUGAAGAAAAUGUCGCCAAGCCUAAAUUAAAAGCACAAGUUCUCACUGGAGACAAUAAAUCAGCUUUGUUGGAUGGUGAUAUUUCAAACUACGAUACUGAGAAAGGAUUCACUCGACAUUUAAUUGAUGACGCAGAUGGUCAAGGUAUUGUGAUUGAAUUGGGCGUUCAGUGUAUAAUCAACCAUAUCAAGAUGUUACUUUGGGACAAAGAAUUGCGAGCUUACUCGUAUCAUAUUGAAGUUUCUAUGGAUCGCGUUGAUUGGGUUCGAAUAAUAGACCAUACUCAAUAUUUAUGUCGUUCUUGGCAGCAAGUUUACUUUGAACCUAGAGUGGUUAAAUAUAUUCGUAUUCGAGGUACUCAAAGUACGGUUAAUAGGUUCUUUUUACUCGUUUCUUUUGAAUGUAUGUUUACCAAUCGACCCUUCCUGUUGGAUUCUAAUGGACUUGUUAUUCCUGAUCAUAAUGUUGCCACCAUUGAAAACUCCGCCCUAGUCAUUGAAGGAGUGAGCAGAAGUCGCAAUGCUUUAAUAAACGGAAAGUACAACGAAUAUGAUUGGGAAACUGGUUAUACGUGUCAUCAAAUUGGCAGUGGAGCAAUCGUAAUACAAUUAGCUCAACCUUAUGUGGUUGAUUCAAUGAAGCUUCUGCUUUGGGAUAUAGAUAAGCGAACUUAUAGUUACUACAUCGAAGUUUCAGUUGACUAUCUUAAUUGGCAAAUGGUUGCUGAUCGUCGUGAUGUGCUUUGUAAAUCAUGGCAACUUAUUUCAUUCUCUAAGCGUCCAGUCGUUUAUAUAAGAAUUACUGGAACUUAUAACUCAGCAAACGAAGUAUUUCACUGUGUGCAUUUUGAAUGCCCGGCCUCUGAUUUCACUCCAAGUCCGGCAUCAGACUCAUUAAGGGAAUCGAAUCUCCUUCCACCUCCCGCUAUUGCGUCAUCACUACUUCGACUAUGAACUAACAAUUUAAAUCAAACUUUAUCGCCACAUUCAUAUGACAAUCAAUUGUCAAUAAUCUUUCACUUUUUUCGUCACAAAUUACGCUUAAUUUGCUUUACUACAUUCGUCUUAAAUUUUUAUUUGUUUUCAAUUUAAAAGCGAAAAUAUUACAUAGAAAGGCACAAUGCCUCUUAAUACAUGAAAUCUAAUGUAAUUGGGUUUUCAGUUAUUUUUGUUAAUUCUGUUUUUGUUGAUUUAAAUAAUAAUAAAUGAAAAUUUCAAGGUUUCGAAA